UUCGAGGUUCCCCAGUUCCAAGCCUCUCACAACCACCAUGCUUGUCGUGCGAGCAUGCGGACACGCCCGGCCGUCGUUGCGCCUCUCCCUCGUCGCUGUCAGAAACUACAGUCUUCCUGCUGAGCCUCCGAAGAAAACGAAGGUGUGGGACUCGGUCGACGAGGCGGUCAAGGAUGUGAAGACGGGCGACACCUUGCUCUGUGGAGGGUUCGGUGCCUCGGGUCUGCCUGAUACCCUGCUCGAAGCACUAGCGAAGCGCCAGGAGGUCACGGAUCUGACUGGUGUCUCCAACAACGCGGGGAACGGUAACUCUGGCCUCGGCAAGCUGCUGAACACGAAGCAGCUGGGCAAGGUCAUCGGCUCCUACCCUGGAGGGAACAAGGUGUUCGAGGCGUUGUACCUGAAAGGAGAGAUUUCGUUGGAGCUCGUUCCCCAGGGUACAUUGGCUGAACGGAUCCGUGCCCACGCUGCCGGCAUCCCGGCAUUCUUCACUCCGACUGGCGCAUCGACUGCUGUCGAAGAGGGCUCAAUUCCCGUCCGGUACAACCCUGGAGGUAUUACUGCCGGUGUAGCUAUUCCUGGUCGUCCCAAGGAGGCCCGCGAAAUCAACGGCCGGCGGUAUGUUUUGGAGCCCUCCAUCGUGGGCGAUGUGGCUUUCAUCCGGGCGUGGAAAGUGGAUGAGUCAGGGAACUGCGUCUUCAGAUAUGCUUCCAAUAACUUCAGCACGGUGAUGGGACGCAACGCCAAGCUGACCAUCGUUGAGGCCGAAAACAUCGUUCCCAUUGGUUCCCUAUCACCCAACGCCAUCCACUUGCAAGGAAUCUACGUCGACCGGAUCGUUUCGGCAACUGCGCCGAAAGAGAUCGAGUUCAUCACGCUCGCCCCGGAUCCAUCGAAGCCUGCCACGAGCCUGAGUCCGGAAAAGUCCGCUGCCCAGGACCUCCGACACAAAAUCGCGAAGCGGGCCGCCAAGGAACUUGCGGAUGGAUUUUACGUUAACCUUGGCAUCGGCAUGCCAACUCUGGUCCCCGAGCAUUUGCCCAAGGGUGUCAGCGUCUGGCUGCAGAGCGAGAAUGGAAUCCUUGGAAUGGGACCGUAUCCUACUGAGAAGCAGGUCGAUGCCGACCUGAUCAAUGCCGGGAAGGAGACUGUGACCCUUCUUCCUGGUGCAUCUGUCUUCGAUUCAAGCGACUCGUUUGCGAUGAUCCGUGGAGGUCACAUCGACGUCGCCAUCCUCGGAGCCAUGCAAGUUUCGCAGGCGGGAGACAUCGCCAACUUCAUGAUUCCGGGUAAAAUGGUGAAAGGCAUCGGCGGUGCCAUGGAUCUCGUUUCCAACCCGGACAAGACGAAGGUGAUCGUGACGAUGGAGCACACCGCGAAGGAUGGCAGCCCGAAGAUUCUGAAGGAGUGCGAUCUGCCGCUCACCGGCGCUCGGACCGUCAGCAUGAUCGUCACGGAGCUGGCCGCGUUCGAGGUGGACCGCGUCAACGGCGGACUGACACUUGUUGAUCUGCAGCCCGGCGUGACGUUGGCCGAGGUCCAAGCCAAGACGGGCUGCGACUUCAAAAUCGGAGCAGGUGUCCAGUAA